GGCAUCAACUAGAAUGCGGAUUUUGACAUACGACAGUUUCACCUACGAGUUUUGGCAACCUCUUUCAACAAUUUCUUUUUCAAUGGUAUUGAAGUUGUAAACACGUUUUGUAUCUACCUAUAAAUAAGUAAUCUGUACAUAAUGGCCAUCAGACCAGUCUACAGGCCAAACAUUAUAAAAAAGAGAACCAAGAAAUUCAUCAGACACCAAUCAGACCGAUAUGGAAAACUUAAGCGCAACUGGAGAAAACCAAAAGGUAUUGAUAACAGAGUCAGAAGGCGUUUCAAGGGACAGUUUUUGAUGCCCAAUAUUGGUUAUGGAUCUAACUCCAAAACUCGUCAUAUGCUUCCUACUGGAUUCCGUAAAGUGUUGGUGCACAACCUCAAGGAACUCGAGGUCCUCAUGAUGCAAAACCGCAAAUAUUGUGCAGAAAUAGCUCACGGAGUUUCAUCAAAGAAACGCAAAGAAAUCGUUGAACGAGCCCAACAACUUAGCAUCAGAGUAACGAAUGGUCACGCCAGGCUGCGUAGUCAAGAAAAUGAAUAAGUUAGCUCUUAACUUUGUUUAAUAAAAAUUAUAAAAUUUGA